ACCACCUCUCCCUCACAUUGAUUUGUCUAGAAGAUUCCGUCAUUCUCUACAAAUACCACUCACACUCCUUUGAGCCCUUGCACUAAACAGUCAGCCUGCUGCUGCACUAGACUCAUAAGCUCAGCCCACCCUCGACUCUCUCUCGAGCAAUUGUAUUCCUCACACAGACCUACGAGAAUACCUACUACCGCCAUGGCUACCCCGCAGUCUCCCAAACCCAUUUACCACGACCCAAUGCACCUUGCCUGCCUACGGAGUUGCAGUCGCAAGAGCGUUGCUUCCUUGUCUCGCUCGGCUUCCCACAUCGACUCUCCCCGUACUGCUUGUCCCAAGGAUGGCGAUGCUUUUAGCUAUGACCCUGCCCACCUACGCCAUUGGUACUGCCCACAGGAGCUCUGGGUCCGUCUUCCCCAAAAUGUCCAGUCGAGCCUGGCCGCUGUCCAGCACUCUGGUGCCGCUGUUUUGACUGGCUUCGAGCGUCUCGACAAGCACCUCGAGAGCAUUGAGGAUUGCCACGUGGAUGCCAAGUCUACUGCUGAUGAUUACUUGGUCCAGCUCGACGAGCUGCCGCCGCCAAAAUUCCGCACUGUCAGCAAUGCUAGCAGCGUCUUCCACUCGGACUCAUCGUCACCCUGCACUAGUGGAUCAUCAGUCUCUCACUCAGGAAGCAACUCCCCUGUGACUUCAAGCCUACCCAUGUCUCAGAUCAUGUGUCCUGGCUCGCCCAUCUGCCUCGGUCCGUCGGAACUCUCCCGCUCCCGUGAGCGCUCUUUCUCGACACCUCUCAAAGCACAUGAUGCCUACUAUGCUGCUGAGCUGUCGCAUCUCCGCACCGAGGCCCUUCCCCGUCUACGACACAAGUCCUACAAGGUCGACAGCGAGUGGGCGCAAGCCAAGCACCAUCUUUCCGCAGACGACGUCAAUGCCUUUGAGAACUUCUGGGCGGAGAAGAAGUGCGCCAUCCUAAGCCUUGACGAGCGGGGUAGACGCCUUGCGAGCGCCGUUGGUCUCGCCAACACUGGUCUUGGCUGGUGUGCACCGUAGAGGCUAAUGAGGUGGAUCUCCAGGGUUUGGUUCUCGAAAUGGUUCACGGAGUACUGCUACACCCUCUUGUGAACCUGUUUCCUUUUCCUAUCAUCUUGGAAUCCCUUUCCUGUUUCCUUUUCCACUCAUCCUUUGAUUUCUCUAUUCUGAAAUGCGUUCAUGAGCGAGGAGUUGGUCGGUAUUUACUGCUUGGGAAGCAUCUACAACAUCGGAGACACGGGAUCUACUUUUGGACAGGAUGGGUGCCUAUGGCUAGAUCACAUACACAUCCGUGUCUCCACAACAAUAGUCUCACGAGAGAUGCAUUGGCGUCAAAGGCGGCUGCCUUGGGCCUGCUUGGGAAUUUUCAUACUACGAUCGGGUCAUGGAUAUGGUCAGUUCAGAUAGUAAAAUGAUAACAUCAACCAAAUA